AGCAGGAGAGGACGACGCCACGCUUCCCGAACCGGACGCUGCACUAUCGCGUCUUGUCAGAUUGUUCCCGUUUUCGUUACACUUCGGUAACCCCCUCCCCCCCUCUCCUUCAACCCUCGUUCUGCUAUACUCUAAUAAUUUGUGCGGCCGAUGUGUAUCUUUGUGACUUUUUAUUUUUGCGCGUGGGCAAUGCCCGAACGUGAUCUUACUGGACACAUUAGGAAGUGUAAGAAUGAACAGAAACUAUCGAUCGAGCAACUCUGAGGUGUAGUUCUCGGUUUGUUUCUCUAGUGUCGAACUUCGGCUGCUUGUGCGAAACUCUUUCAGGUGUACUUUUGCGACCGAAGCUGUGGGAGUCUGCAAAGACUGCGACUGCAAAGUGCUUGGGGAGCGUCACUUCAAUCUGCUCGAAGCUGCGGCAACUGCGUGUGAUUCGGGUGGAGAUCCCGUCUAAUGCUGACUUGCCUGGCAAGUCUGUUUUGGCAUGCUGCACUGGGUACCACAGCUGGUCCCGCUCUUCUUCACAACAACGUUGCUGCCUUCGGUCAUGAGCGUCACAAUGGCUUACAGCAUCGGCAGGUCUAGCAAACAGAACAACAAGAAUGUGUCAUUACUGCUGGACAGUAUCUUGCAAGGUUACAACCAUCAUGUUAGGCCAGGAAGAGUCGACACGCCAACGGAUGUUUAUAUUGAUAUUGAAGUACGCAGCAUGGGACCGGUGUCUGAAGUUGAUAUGACGUACUCGAUGGACUGCUAUUUUCGGCAAAGCUGGAUCGACCGCCGUCUGGCUUUCCGCGGAUCCAUGCCGUCUAUGACCCUGUCCAUAUCCAUGCUACAAAAGAUAUGGCGACCGGAUACGUCGUUCCUGAACGGCAAGCACUCUUACCUGCACACAAUCACUCAGCCCAACAAGUUCGUCCGCCUGGCACAGGACGGUACGGUGCUCUACUCGUCAAGGCUGACUGUGAGUGCGAGCUGUCCCAUGAAUUUGGAAAAAUUCCCCAUGGACACCCAACGCUGUCCUCUUCGCAUCGGAAGCUCUGGGUAUCCUGCAAAGGACGUGAUGUUUCGCUGGAAUCCGAAACGGCGAGUGGUGAUUGCGUCGGAUAUGAAACUGAACCAAUUCGACCUCGUUCGAACACCAACUGAUAACCAGAGCGACUAUUCCAGGAAAGAAGGGCCGUUCGCAAUGCUGCUGGUGAGCUUCCAGCUGAAGCGUCACAUGGGCUACUUCCUGAUCGAGGUGUACGCACCCUGCACGCUGCUAGUGGUGCUGUCCUGGGUGUCCUUCUGGAUCAACCGCGAGGCCACCGCCGACAGGAUUGCCCUCGGUGUGACCACCAUCCUUACGAUGACGUUUCUCGCACUAGAGAGCCGAAAUGAUUUGCCAAAAGUUCCUUACUGCACUGCCCUGGAUUACUACGUCGCCAUCGGCUUUGGUUUUGUCUUCGCCACCAUUGUCGAAUUCGCUAUCGUCCAUUAUUUCACGAAGGUUGGAAGCGGAGAGUUCUAUUACUGCCCGGAGAUGGAAACCGAACGAAUGAGAGCGUCAACGGAAGACAGCGGUGAUGAGGAAAGCGGUAGCGACGAGCAGCAGCCUUUAGAAUCUGCGGCCUACAAGGAGGCCGGAGAUCACUGCCAGAGGUUGCAUCCUAAGAAGAUGAUCUCGUUACCAAGCAACGCCGUCUAUUGCACCGAUGCCGAACGACCCGAAGCCACGGUGGCCUUCGUCGAGUCUCCCGACUCCACGCCUCCCGGGAGGGACGCGGUAGCGGUCGGCUCGCUCAACGGCCGGCUCGAAGCUGCCGCCGAUCAGCCCGCGUCGUACCCCGCGCAGCGGCGGGGGUCGACGAGGCGCACCUCGAUGCGCGGCGGCGGCAGGAGGAGCGUGAUGCAGCGAGACCGCCGUCGCCAGAGGCGGCCGUCGAUGAUCGCUCGGCGCAGGAUGUCCAGCCAGAUCCAGGAGCUGUGGAUCAACAGCGUCAGCAAGGUCGACAGGGUCUCCAGGGUCGUCUUCCCGCUGGCGUUCAUCGUGGUCAACACGGUGUACUGGCUCACGUACUUCCGGGACGACGAGGACAGCUGAUGGCGUCGCGCCCGCGGGCGCGUCGCCCACGAAGCGGCACGCUUGCUGCUCGUCGAACUCGCGCGUCCAGUGAUGGCGCGCGAGGCCGUACGCCGGUGAUCGUCGAUAACUUGCUGCGCGUUCUAGCUAAUUAGUGAUAAGAAAGAGGUCAUUCGAGGAAAACGCUGCAGGUACUGAGCUUGUAUACUUCUUUCGCGCAUGGUAUUUGAAACCAGAUGUAUGCGAGGAAGUGACGAACGAAAGUAAAAAAUAAAAGAAGAAAAGAAAAGCGCUAAAGAGCACUUGA